AUGCCUAAAAACCUGUUGCAGAGAAUUCCACAAGAGGUGAAAAAUAUGAUUGCGAAGCAACUCAGCGUAAUAGAAAGAGCUAGGGUAACCUUAGCUGCACCGCAUUUUCAGUUUCAUCCACCUCUGACAGAUACGCAAGAGGAGGUUCAACAUGCAAGAGUCUGGUGUAGUAUAAUUAAGCCAAGAAGCUGGAGCGAGGAUAUUUGGAGUCUAUUGAAGGAAGAGUAUGGAUCAUUUCACGACCUCGUGGUCCUAGGCUCUGACCUAGAGUUCUUGUAUAACGCGGAAAAAAUACCGCCUGAGUACGGACCGCUACACCUAUAC